GUGGAAGUUAGGAAUUGCGGCGGCUAGCAUGCUAGGGCGUUGCUAGCAGCACACUGGCAUUUUUUCCCCUGCGUCCCUUCAACUUUUUAGUAUAAUACAAAUGACGCCGAGCAUUGUGAGAAAAGGUCGUGAUCGUCCCUGAAAGUUUUAACACCUUUUCGGUUUGUUGGAUUUUUUUUUUACGACAAGUCGCUGGCAGGAGACUGCUUGUUACUUUCUGUCCCGUUAGCUUGGCCACUUUAGCCUAGCCUGCUUUUCCAUCCACGGGAAUUGUGCUGAGAGACGACUGAGUGACUCCGUUCUGGAAACAUGGAGUCAAGGAGCGUCGAGCGGUGCUAAUACAUACACAGACCACUCGGAUUCUCUUAUUGCCUUGCGGAGAUACUUUUUCGAAAGCCGGGGGACGCAAAACAAAAGACUACUGGACACUCGUGCAAUAUUUUUCUCCACUCUCUGAGAUUCGGACUUGGUUUAUUUGCAGUGGAAACAAGAGCACACGACGCAAAGUUUUUUUUUUUCAUCCCAAUAGAGCGCAUCUGUUUUGUUAGCUGAGAGCUACCAAGACUAAACUCUGCUUUCCUUUGAGGAUUUUCACACAAGAUCAUUGACAAACCAUUUUUUUUCCUCCGUUUUGCCCGUUUGAUUUCAACAUUACGGUAUUAAACGACUCUUCUUGGUAACGACGAAAUCGGGCAAGAGAUAGCAAACCGCAUAGUGCCGACUGGAGGAAUCUGCCGGGGACGUUCAGUCCCUUAUUCAAGCCGAGCAGGGAGCAGGGGAGGUGGCAGACGGACUGCAUCGCCACGGUGUCCGUAAAAUUGGAUUACCCCAAAAACUGGGAUGUGAAUGCGAGUUUUACCCGCAUGCGAUUUGGGCCAGCGGUGUUAUUUAUGACCCAGAGGAAGGAUAUAAUCUCUUUUACUGAUUCAUUUUUAGGGUCUGCACCAUUUUAAUCCGUCUUGCUUGGACUACCCCCCAUACAUUGAGGAUAUUUGCCAUCUGCAUCUCUUGUUUGCAUCUUUUUUUUUUUAUAUUUAUUUUUUUUGAAACACCAAGGCUAUCCUUUCACGAAUGCCAGAGAAGGACGCUCAAGCAAGUCGCCACAUCACACUCUGGAAAAUGUUAAUCGGAUAUAAUUUGCUGCAAAUCUAGAACCGGAAGCCCAAUGAGUGACACACAGUCCAGCUUCACUGACAGGUUUCCCAAGAAAGCAAACAGAACCAGCAGCAUUCUCAGCAAAGACCACCCGCCGGACAAGAGACCGAAAAGUGACAAAACCUCGCUUUCCUCCAAUGAGUUUGACCCGACAGAAGCUCUGGUGGUGCAGAAGAGUGGCAGCAGCAGUGUGCUAGCAGAGGGGAAGCCUGAGUCCUGUGGUCUGGUCCAGCGAUGCGUCAUCAUCCAGAAAGACGAAAAUGGCUUUGGGCUCACAGUCAGUGGUGACAAUCCGGUGUUUGUGCAGCUCGUCAAAGAAGAUGGUGCUGCAAUGCGGGCAGGCGUUCAGACAGGAGACAGGAUCAUCAAGGUCAACGGAACCCUCGUAACACAUUCAAACCACAUUGAAGUGGUGAAGCUUAUCAAAUCGGGCUCCUAUGUGGCCCUCACAGUCCUGGGUCGCCCUCCGGGGCUCCCCCAGAUCCCCCUGUCUGAAGCCGAGUCUGAAAUGCUUGGCGUGACUAUUUCCUCCCCAAACUCGCCUGCGACAGAACGCCCGUACAGUUCUCACGACCGGCUCUCCUCCACACCUCAAUGGGCGAUGAAGGAAGAGUACGGCCGAAACCCCUCCCCAAAACUACUGAAAGACAACCAGGAAGCUAAGAAACACAUUCCACAGCUGCAGGGUCAGCUCUUCAAGGCCACCGGCGCAACACAGGAGGCUGCUCCGGGUGGAGAUGCAGAUGAUGGUAGCAUGUUUGAAACUGAGCACACUCAUGCGGCGGGAGAGCAAAGUGCUGACUUGUCCUGGAGCAGCACACCUAUUUCUGGGUUUGGACUCGUCUCUCCAGAGAGUUUUUGCCCGAGUCCAAAGAGCACACCCAGGAACAGCUUCAACUCCUGCCACUCCCCAGAAACAGAGGAUGCCACUGAUCUGGACUCUCUGUCUCCCACCACCGUCAGCAGUCCCUCCUCUCGUAUCGUCUCGCAUAUCAUUGGAGCUGAGGACGAUUAUUUUGAUUCUGACCAAGAGCAGGUAUAUUGCAAUAUUGCCAUUCAUCACAUUUGUUUCUCUUUUUACGUCCUUGUCCAUGGUUUUCUUUUGCAGACAAAUGGCCAGUGUAACCGCUUUACCAGCAUUGAGCAGCUCAAGUCUCGGCCCGCCCACCUCGCAGCCUUCAUGCAUCACGUCAUAUCUCAAUUCGAUCCGGCCCCGGUGCUGUGCUACCUCUAUGCUGACUUGUACAAGCAGACCAACUCCAAAGAGACCAGACGGAUGUUCAUGGACCUCCAUACCUUCUUUAUUGAUCGGGGAGCACAUUUGAAAGUGGCAGUUCCAGAAUCCAUUUCUGCUGAUCUUGAUCGACGGCGGACAGAGUUGAUCCCAGAGGAAAUAAACAGACAACACGUUCAAACACUACAAGAUUCUUUGCUCCCUGACAUUCAGAAGAACCUUGAGGAUUUCAGACAAAAGCGCAGCAUGGGCCUAACCGUCGCUGAAGUGGAGCUGGGCAGGCUGGACCAAGAGCGUGGACGAGAUCGUGUCACCCUCGAGCGCGAACGCUCUUAUGCUGAAAACAUCAUAACCAAGAUUGAGGACAUCCUGGUUACUGCUCAGACGACAGAAGAGGAGAAGUGCACUACAAUGCAGUAUGUCAUUUAUACAUACAUGAAGCACCUUGGUGUGAGGGUCAAGGAACCUCGCAGUCUGGAGUCAAAACGGGUCCGGAUCAAUUUUCUUCCUAAAAUUAAGAAAAGCAUUAAGACAGAAAAGGAUGGUGAAGAGAAGGUGAAGAAGCCGAGGUUUCCCAGUAUCCUCGGACCCCAGCGUCGGCCCAGCCGCAUUGAAGCAGCGUCGGUGGGCAAAGCCCUUGACGGUCGACCCAAGCCUCAGAAGCAAUUGUCUCAGCCUAUUCUUCAGCCCAGCGAGCAAACGGAUGCGGGGCGUUUAAGGGGGAGCCAAUCCAGCGAGGGCCCCGAGCUCACACACCCCGCAUCCGUCACCACCUCAUCUCCAAACAGCACCACUUUCAGCUCCGAUGCUAGCCGAGACACAGACUCAAGUGGCACUCCAACUUCAGGCCCCAGCAGGCUGAGCGACGGUCUUCAGUCUGACCCCCUCGACGGGUUGCCAUAUCCUGCAUCGCACUUUGACCUUUACAGCCUGGACCAACUCCAAGAGGAGGACAGAGAAACUGACAGAACCCACGAGGGAACACCAAAGGCCAUCAGAAGGCUCGAGGGAGUGGGUGCUACCGAUGCCCAGAGCGAGGACGACCAGGGAACAGACUCGGAACAUGACCCGCUUAACUGGCAGCAGCUUGUCGGACGUGAGGUUCUGGCGGGUCUCAGGCCUCUUGAAAUCAAGAGACAGGAAGUUAUCAAUGAGCUAUUUUACACGGAGCGUGCACACGUGCGAAUGCUGAGAGUUUUGGAUCACAUCUUCUACCAGAAGCUUUCAAAAGAUGCUAUCCUACCUCCUGCCGACAUCAAAAACAUCUUCACCAACUUGGAGGAGAUUCUACAACUGCAUGUUUCCAUUUUGGAGCAGAUGGCAGCAGUGCGAAAGCGCAACGAGUCAUCGGUCAUUGAUCAGAUAGGAGAUGACUUGCUCUCCUGGUUCAGUGGUGGAGAGGAGGAGAAGAUCAAACAGGCCGUGGGGACAUUCUGCAGCAAUCAGCCUUUUGCUCUGGAGAUCAUCAAGACCAAGCAGAAGAAAGACUCGCGCUUCAUUUCGUUCAUCCAGGAGGCGCAAAGUAACCGAUUGUGCCGGCGACUGCAGCUGAAGGACAUUAUUCCGGUCGAGAUGCUGAGGUUCACCAAGUACCCCUUGCUGCUGGACAAUAUCUCCAAGUACACUGACGAUGCAGUGGAGAAGGACAAAGUUAAGCAGGCAGCCGACUGCUGUCGAAAGAUCCUCAAUCAUGUCAACCAGGCUGUAAAGGAAGCAGAAGAUAAGCAGAGGCUAGAAGACUAUCAGAGAAGACUGGACCUGUCGUCUCUUAAGCAGACGGACAACCCUAUGAUCCUGGAGUUAAAGAACCUUGACCUCACCAAGAAAACCAUGGUGCACGAAGGGCCGCUGUCAUGGAAAGUGAACAAGGACAAGACGAUUGAACUGUACACUCUCCUGUUGGAGGACAUCCUGGUCCUUCUCCAGAAACAAGACGAGCGUCUCAUCCUCAAGUGUCACAGCAAGAACCUGGCGGGCACCGCCGACACCAAGCACAUCUUUAGCCCCAUUAUUAAGCUCAGCACUGUGCUGGUGCGCUCUGUGGCUACAGACAACAAGUCCUUCUUCGUGCUCUCCAUGUCUGAGAACGGUGCACAGAUCUAUGAACUGAUGGCCUCCACAGUUUCGGAUCAGAGAACUUGGCAGAAUUUGAUCACGCAAAGAGCCGAAGCCAUGAAGGUCAAACCCCACAGUGUCAUACCUUUACCUCAGACAGAUGGAGAGCGAGAUGGUGUGGAGAUCAUCACAGCUGGCGUCUCCAGACUGAGUAAAGACCCAGACCGCACAUCCACUGGCAGCACUCAGUCCACAGAUAAAGAAAGUAGUCCGGCUGUGAGGCGUGUGACUCCGAGCCCUCUUCCCGCUAACAAUCCUUUUGAGGCGGGGAAAACGGAGGAAGAGGAGGAUGAGGAGGAAGGUUUUGUGGACCCGGAGCUUCCGUACCGAGGGACUGAAGACGGCAGCGCAGACUCCUUUAAUGUGUUUCCCUCGAGAGCAGAUGAAGCACUUAAAACAUUGUCAGCGCUGAAGCAGGUGUUGGUGACGCAGCUCAUGUCGCAGGAAGCUGCAGAGCGGACCAAGCGCUCCACAGGAGCGCGUCUCCUCAGGACCACCUCGCUGAGGACGCCUGUAGAGAAACGCGUGAUGGUCCACAACGGCUCGGAGAGGAACAACUCCCAGACCGAAGACCCCACGCAAGACUUGGGUUCCGGUGACACGGGCUUCUUUGACUCACCCGAAGAUUAUGCAGGAUUUUUAGUCCUGGAAGGAUAUGGCGGACAAGGGGAGAGCAGCACCGACGAGGAGAUGUCACCCGCCGGGAAGCAGCUGAGCGCAUCGCAAGGCUGCGCCGCCGACUCGGGCAUCAAUCUGAGGUUCUCGUCGGCGUCGCACGCCGGCAGCCUCUCAUCUUUUAGCAGACAAGUCCUGUCUCACCUGCGCAACCUUCAGGCUAACCUCAACCAUCUGAAGGAGGUUGAAGCCAAGUACAAUAAUCUUCGUCAGAGGCAGGGGAAGUCAACCACACACUCGGAUGGAAACAAAGAUAAGAGAUAGUGGACAUCUCAGCUGCACCUUCUGCCUCAGGGAGGGGGGGGGGGGCUAAGAGUGCUACCACCUUUGUGUGUGCGUGUGUCCUGGACAUGGUGGACCUUCUAUAAGCUUGUCCUCUUACUACUAAAGCCCCCCUGUCCGUUUUGUUGCUACACAAAGCAAGAGACUUAAAAGAGGCGGAGUCGCCUCCUCAUCAGCACAAGGCAAUCACCCAUAUUUCCAUUUUACACCCCUCCCCCCCUUGCAAGAAAGAGAACUUAUACCAAAAUGUACAAAGAAAUGUGGGUUUAUAUACAGAAUAUAUUUAUAUAUAUACAUAAAGAUCUAUGUAUAUAUAUAUUUAGAUACAGUAUAUGAAACACCAAGCAAGAAAAGGAAAAAAUUUAAGAUAAUGUAUUAAGAUUUUUUUUUUAUCCCAAGAUGUAUUUAUUUUCCUUUUGUUUGGUUCCUUUUUUUUUUUUUUAAGUGUUUACUGCAUUGCGUGCAUGCUGUUGCUACUUUGGCUGCUUUCUUUCUUUCUUCUGUCACACAGGCUUGAUGUGAGUGUUAGCAAGGCUCACCCCGCUUCCAGUGAAGUCCCACUGAGAGAGGCCCGUGUAUAGAAAGAACCUUUCUGUGUUGUCUUUGAAACCGAGGACUUCACACGAACUAGAAUGAAGAGUCGCCGGGGCUCUGAUCUAGUCCUGUUGUCUUCUUCCUCCUCUUCUUCCCUUUAUGGAUGUGCUCCUCUUCGCCCACCCCCUUCCUUCCUUCCUUCCUUCCUUCCUUCCUUCCUUCCUUCCUUCCUUCCUUCCUUCCUUCCUUCCUUCCUUCCUUCCUUCCUUCCUUCCUUCCUUCCUUCCUUCCUUCCUUCCUUCCUUCCUUCCUUCCUUCCUUCCUUCCUUCCUUCCUUCCUUCCUUCCUUCCUUCCUUCCUUCCUUCCUUUCCUCUAUACGUUCUUCCCGGUCGUCCUGCCUGCAGGUUUCUUGUCUCUUCCUCGAGAAGGGCCCCACCACUCUUCCUAACCUGCCUGCUAUCUGUCUCCUCUAAUCCUGUCUUGAAGUUCAACAUGUACUGUACCACGCUCAUGUUGGAAGGUUAUGCAUAACUUUAAUAAAUAAAUGGUGCCCUGACCCAUUCGAAAGAAAACGGCGUAGUGUUUACAUUGUAUAUUUGUAUCUCGUAGAACAUCUGCGGGGAGUCAGUUCUGUUUUUAUAUACAAGUACAUGCAUUAUUAUUAUUAUCAUCAUUAUUAUUAUUAUUGAACCACAAAUAUACCAUUGUGAAAUGUUCUAUUAUAAAUUAUAUUAUAAUUAUUAUAUAUCAUAUAUUUAAUUUGAAUAAUCACUUCCCUAUACCCAAAUGAUUAUGCUAGAAAAUGCAUGGUUGGAGAAGUUGCCAACAGGUGGCACACUUUCUCUAUUCAAAUAAGAGCACUCUAAAAAUCUGCACCAUUUAAAAUUUUAACUCUGUUGAUUUCUCCAGGUAUAAGAUUGUAUAUCUAUCCAGACUUUUUUUUUAAAAUGUCAAGUAUUUGAAAUGUAUUAAAUUAAUGAAUGCAUCCUUGAUCUUACAUUGCUCAUAAAUGAAUGAUUAAAUAGUUUUGGAGCACGCCUGAAAGAAAAAAUUCAGAAUAACAGUUUAAAAAAAAUCCCCAAAACAUCCAAAUCAGAAAUGCACAGCAAACAUUUAUUCAAUCAUUCCACCAGAACAUUAUUCCCAUAAAAGGUCCCCAGAUGGAAAAAGGGCUCUCCACCCCUGCUUCGGAUGCUAAUUGGAUACAUUUGCACAAAUUGCCAGUGUUCACCUUAUGGUGUUGUAGGAUGUUGUUGCCAUGGUGAUUAAUUCCAAGAUAAGGAUGCUUCACUAAAUGACUUACCUGUGACAGUCAAGCAAUCCUUUUCCCCUCAGCCUCGUGACAAUAAUGAUGACUGCGCAUAUGUGCACGAAUAACACCCUACAUGUUUCCAUUAACACAUGCAUGGCGCCUUCGAAUAGAUUGUGACAUAUUUCUCAUCAAUAUGUUAAUGCAUCCACAAGUGUCUUAUUGCCACCCUCAUAUUUAUUGACUUGCUUACCUUCAUGCUGCAUCCACAUAUAUAUAAUUGAAUCAUACUGCUGCUCCAUGCAAUAUUUUUGACAUUGUGUACCUUCCUCUAUUUUUAAUGUGUUUCCCUCGUCUAUCGUUAAUUUGCAUAGCCUCGACAUUUGAUAAGAAAAGAACUCGGCGCAUUUGUUCUAACCCUGUCUAAUUACUACACAGCACUUUGAUGGAGGAGUUAGUUAAAAAAGCUCGAGGCGGUCCAGCUGGCAAAGCGCUCUAGCCUCUCCUCGCCUAUUAACUCCGUAGCCUCUGUGGAGAUAUGUGACCUGGGAGCAGACCUGGGAUUAACGGAGCGCACCUCCUCAGCGGCAAUCGAUGUUCUUUCUGGCAGGACCACCGCUAACAAGGAAUACACUUGUGUCGCUGUCCCGACUGAGUUGCUACGAGUUGUAAACAAGAUGUCAAAAUGGAAUCAAAUCCAUUAGGUCAACAAAACAAAGGGCGAAGUAGUAAGGUCCAUUACAAAAAUGGUAAAAGGGCGUUUGGAAUAAAUGCGAGGUUGUGUGUCCCAUUGGGUUAUUAAAAAGGCACAUUGAGUCCGUA